AUGGGAACAAGAAAGAUGACCGUGGACGAGCAGGCCUCGCCCAGAGGCACCAACGGGUUCGAGGGCAGCGACGGCGAGGCUGGCAGUGCGCACCCGCCGAGGUCACCGCUGGGGCGCCUCGUGGCCUCUUUCGCGAGCUAUGUCGGCGCUGGGAGUCGCUCUGCCGUUGUCGACGCCUGGGAUAGUGCGAAUCGAGCCCGCCCGGUGAUAACGUACGGUGAUAUCGUUCCAAGCGAACCGGAGGCGGAUAGCCUCGAUCAGGACGCGUGGUUUUCGGAGGCCACCGGCAGCAAGUCUGCGGAGCCAGAACGAGAUACAUACGUGCAAGGCAGCGAUGUAGGCCGUGCAUCGCGUUCGCUUGGGCAACGCAGGGGUACGACUGACCCGACGGUACCCGGGAGCCGGGGCACCGUUUCACAGACCCGUGGCGCCUCUGCGAUGGGAAACACAGCCGUAAGAACCCUUGCUGCCGGGGGGCCUGCGUCUGAGGACGGCUGCCCUGCGCUUCACGGCACGUCUGGUGAGCGUCCUCGGCCGUCGGUUGACUCGGGGCACGCCAUGAUCGACCUUGAAGAGCUCGGGAUCAUCCCGUCAGGCAGUGUGCCGUAUCAGGGGCUUCAGCGCCGGCUCUCGGGCUCUAAUGAUAUCAACCGCAGAUCCCGGACGUUUGCGCAUGGCCCAGAACGUAACGAGGUCGACUCAGAUGGCAGUAUCGUGCUGAGUCAGAGUGCACCCGCUGCGCCCAGUGAGGGUUUACGGAAUGCGCUCGCCGAGACGAACACGAGCCGUACAUCAGGCGACCGCGAUAGCGGUCAACGCGGCAGGACACAAGCGCCUGUCGUCUCGCCAUCCCUCGUUUGGAGGAAACUCGAACAGUACCUCGGCCAGCGAUCGCCGAGAAGCUCUCCGAGUCACGAUCCUGGCACUGGAUCAGAGUUAUCGCACGCGUCUAUUCGAGGCAACGUCGCGGAGGGUAGUCUAUCGGAGCCGACAGCGGCGGCAGGUCACGUCUAUUGUGCAGACUCCGGCCUUGAAGAGCAUCAAACAGACCAGGACUUUGCCCGGUGGUCUACAGACGUCCAGCCAGACGCUGGAAGAUCGCCUGAUCGCCGAGCAGUUUUGCCGAUUACCCCAGUGACACCGCCUAUCGAUAUCGCGCUGAGCAAACACCCGCAAACAUACGCGGAGGCUGUUGGCUCAGAGAUUGCUGCCGAGCUCGCCGCCUCGCAUGCUCGCCUCCAUAGUGGUGCCCAAAUACCUAGCAACCGAGCUCCGAAAACUGCACCAGAGGCUCCAAAAAGCAUGAAAGAGACCGAGUCUGUGAGUCGACGCAGCCAUAUGCAGCGUGCUGCAAAAGCAACGGAACAGUAUCGGGACCUGUGGUUGUACUCGACGGGCAUAUAG